AUGGCUGCAAAAAUUAAACAAAUUAAACGUUUUUCCACUAUCGUCUCUACCAGAGAUUCUAAUCGAAGGUUCCAUACGAUCCGUAGAUAUUGCGUAAUAUUUCGUCGUUCCACACAUCCUUAUGCUACAUAUACUUGCCGCAGAUGUGAACAAAGUGAUCAAUAUAUUAAUUCUUUAAAAGAUAGAAUUAAUAAUAUAGAAAAAUUGGUUAAACAUCUUAGUAUGACAAUUAAAACAACAAAUAUGUGCCUCAACAAAUACGUUCCCUCAAAGAAUUCUGAACCUUUAAGUUCUGACAUCGAUAAUUUUUCAAAGAUGGAAACUGAUCAGUUAAUUAGACUUUCUACGCAAUUGGGUGCUCGAAUGUUUGGCAAGCGCGAUGCUGACACUAAUAAACAAGAUGCCAAAGACGAAGACACUAAAGAUGAGAACAAACAAGACAUCAAAGAUGAGAAUAAACAAGAAAUCAAAGAUGAGAACAAAAAAGACAUCAUGGAUGAGAACUAG